AUGGAUAUACGACCAGCAAUAAGAAAUCUAAUUUACGUUGUCUCUAACUUCAUUACGGAGUCUAAAUUGAAGGCAUAACUUGAUUAACUCUAUUUGCUAACUAUUAAACCAGAUUCUAAUUUAGAAGACAUUGAAAAAUAUAUGAUUAAUCUAGGAAAGAAUACUAUGACUCAUCAUAAAAUUAAUUCGUAGCCAAUUUUAUUGCCUUCACCUAAACAAAAUAAAGUCUAAUUAAUGUCAGGAGUUAAUUCACCUGCAUUUUCAAGUGGAAUGCCUUUAAAGACAGCUGGAUUCGGAAGCAGAAUUCAAUAUCCCACUCCUUUGAAAUCCAAUAGAGAUAAGGAUGAUAAACAAAACAAUUCAUCAGAUAGGCAAAUCUCUUUUAAAUUUGAUACACCCAAAACAUCCCCAAAAAAUGUCAAGUCUAAUGACAAACAAAUAGUGGAUAUUAAUCAAAAAAUAAAAUUGUAUACUGAAAUGCCAUAAUCCUUCAACACAGUUCCGAUAAUACAUACGGAAUACGAAACCUAACUCUAAAAUAAAAUCACUCCAAAAAGUUUACCUCUUCCAAAUGAUAAUAACACUUAACGACAUGAAGAAGAAUAAAAAGAGAUAAAAUAUGAUUUAAAUAAGAUUUCAGGUAAAAUGCUAUAAAAUAUUCAUCAAAAUAUGAAAGAGAUGAAAUCAAACACUUUUAAAUUAAUAAAAGUAUUUGAGAAUACAUGUGAGAUUAAGACUCAAUCUUCUGUGGUACAUUCUAGUCACGUAGAUGCUUCUCAUAUAUCUCUGUUUAGAAAAUCAAAAAAUCCUCUUUUUAAUGGAAUUCGUGGCAAAAUUACAGAUUAAGAUUUAAAUAGUAUCCAGUAAAACUUUUUAAUGAAAAAGUUAAUUGUCAAAGCCAAGCCCAAUGAAGAAAUUCAAUAUGAAACUCCAAAAUUAGACAUAUUCUUUGUAACAAGCGUUAAAGGAUGA